AUUUCUUUUGCUCGUGAAGAUUGAAGAUCCACAAAAUUGAUUAUGGUGAAAUGCAAGUGUGGAGCUGUAGGGAUCAUACGAACUGCAGGAACAAAGAGAAAUCCUGGUAGGCCUUUUUAUGCAUGCCCUUUACAGGGACCAAGAAGUGGAUUUAUUUCGUGGGUAGAUGAAGAAAAGCAUACGUAUGAGGCUGAAAGCCAAAAUCUUGAGCUUGAAAUCCAUAAUGAAGAACUUCAAAUCCAAAAUCGUGACCUUGAAAUCCAGAAUGAAGAACUUGAAAUCCAAAAUCGGAACCUUAAAAUGUUGUUAAUUGUCAGUUGGAUUUUGUUUUUUGGGAUAAUUGUUUACAAGUUGUAGUAUUAGGUAUUUCAGUAAUGGUUUUUGGUUGAAGAUAAUCUAAUGAAAGGGUAAUAUUAGCAUGUUUGUAUUGCUGCAUUUUAAUGAAAUGGUAUAUUUAGGUACAA